CUCAUGACCACAAACCUAUAUUUGAACUUCACUCCGAACGAGAACUCAAAUGUAUGUAAACACGCAGCAAACUUACCGGCUGAUGAAGGGUGCUCACUGCACAACUCUGCCAGAAAUGCCGGAUGUUGAUCAAUUUAUACUCAGGCUUCGGAGUGAUCUCAGUCACUUGCUCUGAAUGUAUAUCUCCUUACUCGCGAUGUAUACGUGCUCCUGAUCCGAUUCAUCCAGUUUUUUUUGUUCUCAGAACGUACGCACUCUGGAACAAAAAUAGAAUGAUACUCGUUGUCAUGUCGUCGACCCUCUUUGCUAUCUUCGUAUCAUUCAACAGCAUUUGGUUUUCCGCUAUUGCCACUUCCAAUGUCAUGACUAGCACGAUCCCAGGUAUCACAGGAUGCUACCGGAGCUCUCGCAGCGUCCAGUUCUUCAUGCCGUUUCUUUUGAUAUUUGUGUUGCAACUGGGACUGGCCUCUCUCUCACUCACAUGUGCCAUAAAGAGCUGGCGGUCGGCCAAAGGCCCUCUUCACGCCAUCCUGAUGAAGCAUAACAUAUUUUACUAUGUAUGCAGUCUGUUUCUCUCGACCGUGAACAUCCUUGUGCCAAUCCUAUUUUCUGAUUCCGCGUACUACUCCGUUUUCGAAGAUUUGGAGGUCUUUAUCCUUGCGAUCCUCGCAACGCGCAUGCACCUCCAUCUCUGGCAUAUCGACCGACCGUACGGUGUGAUGUCUUAUCAUGUGGCUUAUUCAGCGUCGUUCGUGGAGACUACGUGAUGACUGGCUUGGUCGGUUUUUGGACCCGCUCAACUUAUAGAAAUGCACUUUUUGUCGUGGGAGGUGCGUUUGGUUGGCCUUGCAUCCAUAAGUAUCUGGUAUGUGCUGUGAGCGGCGGCAGACGAGUGGACGACGAUCAAGAUAUGUGCAUCAAUAUGCCCAACA